AUGGGUUCACCAAUUAUUGAUGGUUCUAGAACCGCUAAGCCUAAGUUACAUGCAAUAGGGAAAAAGCAAAAAGAAAGGGUAAAAAAAAAAAAGGGAGGAGGUUAUGCUCAUCGUGUACGGGUCGCUCCCACAGCGACUCCCCAGCUGUUGAGCUCGAAUACCGUUCUUCCCGCCGAGAGCAGAUCCCGACGACCCCGCGCUCUCUUCGCCGGAUUGGCAAAUCCCUUGGCCGACGAAGUCACUGAAAUUUGCAAAAACCCUAAGGCGGAUUUGGAGCUUCGAUUUGCCGGAGCAUCGUCUGUUUCCAAUGGCAAACCAGCAAACGUCUUCGAGGCCGUGGAUCAUAGAAGCAGCGCCUUACUUGGUGGUUCUUCUAAUAGCUGCUCACGUCUUCGCUUUGAUUGGCUACAGAGAAGCAACCUCAGAGAAGAAAGGCUCACUGAAGAACUUGGCCAUUUGCUAGUGACAGCGAAGGAAGUUUACAGUUCAAGGAUGAUCCAUCUAGGGGAAAAUCCAAAGGAUGUAUUGCUAGAUAUUUGGGGCAAGAACUUUUCACACAUGUUUUCUUACAUCAUACCUUCUGAUUACGCUCAAAGCCGUUGCUCUUACUUUGUACAGAGUACUUUGGACUUCCAGGUUUCAUUCGUGUUAGGUAGAUGGUUAAUGAGUGGCUGGUGUAUUGGAAGCAAUUUGUCUGGUGUCAUUCUGUUUUACCUUUGCAACCAGCCAUCCAGCUGACAUUGCAUAUUUUUUCGUGAGUGAAGGAAGUUUUCUUUCGGGGCUCUGACUUUUGCAUUAGACAGCCUCAAGCUGUUGGUUGGAUGUGGAAAAUGCUUGUGUUGGUAGGAUGCUGACCGUAUGAACUAUGCUCACUAAAGUGAUUUUGACAAAUUACCAUUAUCUUGUCCGCA